AUGGCAAAACUCAUUGAUGAUACCGACUACGAUGCCUGCGAAAGGUUUAAGAAUUCAAGCCCCGCUGUUCGAUACCCAAUCAAUCCUCACGCUGCCCUUACAGUCGUCCCUCUUACCCACGCCAGACAAGAUGACAUGAGAUCGAAGUCCAAGCCUGUCAAAUUGGUCUACAACCGGAUCAACCGUUCAACGCUAACCACAAGCCGACCUUCACAUCCUGAUGAUCUGGCAAUCUACCUCAGCGACGACACCUUGCCACAAUCCUCCAACAAUGAAUUGCCUCGACCGACAACCGCGAAAAGUCCCGAAGCUUGGCUCUCCGAAGUCGCCGUCUCCCUGACAGCUUCGCCUUCAGCAUUAUAG